CUUGAAGUUCUUUUCCGGACUACACCACGCCAAUCCCUUUCAUCCAACCCAUCAACCAUCUAUGAUCUGACCUGACAAUGUCCACCGACUCAAACUUCACCGUAAUAAUAGUCGGCGGCUCAAUCGCCGGGCUAACACUCUCGCACUGCCUCAACGCCGCCGGGAUAAGGAACAUCGUCCUGGAAAAACACGGCGAGAUCGCAGCGCAGGUCGGGGCUUCCAUUGGUGUCCUGCCGAACGGCGGGCGCAUCCUCGAUCAACUGGGCAUAUUUCACAGGAUUGAGAAGCUCAUUGAACCGCUUACGAGGGCGCAUAUUGCGUAUCCGGAUGGAUUCACGCUGCGGAGCGAGUAUCCGGUUACGGUUCAGGAGCGCUUCGGCCGUCCCAUGUCCUUCCUAACCCGCCAAGAACUAAUCCAGGUCCUGCACGAAUCGUUCGAGGAUCCGUCGCACAUCCACGUCAACAAGUGCGUUGCCCGCGUGCAGCAGGGGAAAGACAGUGUCCGCGUCGUGACCGAGGACGGUGCAUCCUACGAGGGCGACCUCGUCGUCGGCGCAGAUGGGGUGCACAGUAAAGUGCGCGCGGAGAUGUGGUCGUUUCACAAUUCGCCCGAGUUGGCGAGGGUUGCGCUGCGAGAGCAUAGAGCCCUUAGAGUCGAAUACUCGUGCAUAUACGGCAUAUCCUCCGCCCUCCCGGGCCUCGAAGUUGGCGAACAAGUCGCCAACUUCGCCGACGGAUUCACAAUAAUGACCUACCAGGGCCUCGGCGGGCGCGUCUACUGGUUCGUGAUUGAGAAACUCGACCGGAAAUACACGUACCCGCUCAUUCCGCGGUUCACGGACCAGGACGCGAUUCGGAAUUGCGAAAGACUGGGAAGUGUGUGGUUGCGCAAUUCGGUGCAUUUCAGGGAUGUUUGGAGAUGUCGCGAGACGUUUGCCAUGACGGCGCUGGAGGAGGCGGUGCUGAGGCCCUGGUCUGAUGGGAGGAUUGUUUGUAUUGGGGAUAGUAUUCACAAGAUGACGCCCAACCUCGGCCAAGGCGCAAACCUCGCAAUUGAAGACGCCGCCGAACUCGCCAACACUCUGCACGCACUGCUCACAUCCCACCGAAUGCGAAACCCUGGCGCCCACAAAGACCAACAGAAACCCUCUGCCCCCUCCCUAACAACCGCCCUCACAUCUUUCGAACGCAAACACCUCGCCCGCGCAACACACAUCGUCAACAUGUCUGCCCUAAUGUCGCGCCUGCACGCACGGCAGGGCGUCUUCUACACGAUCUUCGGCCGCUACAUCCCGCCGCUCUUUCCGAGUCUCCCGGCGGAACUAAUCUCGGCUGUUGUCCAUGGCGCGCCGGUUUUGGAGUUUUUGCCUGUGCCGCCGCGGGAGGCGACGGGGUGGGUGCUUUUGGAAAGGGUGAAGGGGGUGCUCUUGGGGGUUGUUGUAGUUUUUGCGUGUUUGCUGAGUGGGAUUGCGUUUUUGAAGCUUCUGAGGUAGGGUUCUAAGGGUUGGUCCGUUCAAUCUUGACACCGA